AUGUGGUGGAAGCACAUCCUGCAUGAACGAAAUGUCCUGGCCUGGGAAUCGACUGCAUCACUGCUUGUGAAUGUGAAAGGUCUGCCCUCCAAAUCGAUUGCGCAGGUCUACUCUUGCGAGUACCAAUCUACCGUUUUGGAAUUCAUCAACAUCUGCCCUAGUCCCAACCGGGAGGGUUUACCAUAUUGGCCAACACCCGAUGAUGCCCCCGAUUCCUGUUCCUGCAACAUAGGCAAAAUCGACCUCAAAGAAUAUCUGAUCGUCAAUCAGCUCACCGAAUGCGCGAAUAACAGUACAAAUCUUGAUAAGAUAUCUGGUAUUGACGCAUUAAAGGAAUACGGCCAAGCGUGCUUGUGUUGUGAAUACAGCGCUAUCAUCUCCGCUAUCUGGGACACCUGCCCUGGCACAAAGCCCUCCCUACUGAGUGCAGAUGAAUGGUUUAACUCUAUUCUCAACCCUGGCCAUUGGGAAGAAUGCGGGCCAUACCUCAAAGCAUAUGAUUGUGCCGGCGACUUGGGCUAUGGGCGUGCGGAUGCCGGUGGAAAUAGUAAAUUCUACCAUCCCAGCAGCAUGCCGAGCAAUGGAACGAAGACCCUUUCUAAUGUAGGCGGCACUGUCUCCGCCCCGGUCAGUGGUAAUACUUUCACAUGGACGUUUGGCUCAACUGACAACUUCGUGGUGCACACUGUCACUGUGUCCUCGGCAGAUGUUACUGCUACCGAUUCAAAGACUGGUAGUGGUGAGAGUGAUGUCACUGCAACAAGUAGUACGACCGAGACAGCAGAGAGCGAGGCAAAACCUGGGAUGGGGUCUUCUUUGACUGUUUCCUCUUGGGCUAUUGCUGGAAGUAUUGGUGCCUUGAUAGUCUCAGCUCUGUGA